UCCUCAAAACAAGCUCCGGACCAAAAAUUACUUACGCAAAGAGAUUCCCGCGUGUAUCGGACUAUUCCUUCAGCUCCCACGCGGAAGCUGCUCCAGAAUCAACACCAUUCUUCUCUCAAUGCAUUAUUAAUACUUCCAAUUUUUUGGAGGAACAUCAUCGUCCUCCCAAACCUUUCAACCUGCUGGAAUUAUUCAGAUAGAAAAGUUAUGGGCAUCUGUUUUUCAAUUACAUCUGGAGCACUACAGGGGCUUCAUGGGGUGAAGAUUGGAUCCAAAUUUACAUAUAGUACCAAAAACACCUUUCAAAUUAGAGACUUUGAUUUUUCAACUUCUGAGGAUUUAAAUUAUCCAAUUCAACAAAUUCAGAAACAGCAGCCACCAUGUCCAAAGCCCAUCUGCUGUAAUCACUAUGGUGAUCGGAGUAUUAUGGAAACUAUUGCUAACAUUUUGACAUCACUUCCAUUUAUUUUUCUAGGGUGUCAGGCACCAAGGAAAACUGCGAGCUCUGUAUUGUAUGCUAAUUCAUUGAUUGGAGUUGGAUUAGUCUCAUCUCUUUACCAUUUUUCAAGAGGAGGUGUUAGGAAAAUUUUCAGAUGGGCAGACUACACAACAAUAGCUGCAACAUCAAUGUGUCUUUCCACAGCAGUCAGCAAUGACAAUCCAAAAUUACUAAUGGCAGCAUCAGCAUUGAUUUUACCGUUUCAGCCUUUAGUGGUUUCGACUAUUCACACUGGAGUGAUGGAGGUCACAUUUGCCAAACGAGCUUUGUCGAAUCGGGAUUUGAGAAUGGCGCAUAACAUGCAUGCAAUUUCAUCGGUGUUAGCUGGUCUACUUUUUGUUUUUGAAGAUCAACUCCCACAAACCCCAUACAUUCAUGCUGCUUGGCACCUUGCUGCUGCAGUUGGUGUUGGUACAUGUAACAAACUUCUUGAGUGAUGAUUUUGAUUCCUGGAUUAUAUGGUCAUUUGCAAAUAGCAUCCUUGUCUCUCAAUUUUUGUUUAUUUAUUUAUUUAUUUAUUUCCUUGGAGGGAUGUAUAUUCUGAUUUGUAUAAAUUUUAAAAUUUUGAUGAUAAAGUGUACUAGAUAUUCUAUCGGUUUUUUAUGUUCUUAUAAAUUAAAUAAA